AUGAGUCUCAAUACGUCUGAUGCUGGCCCAGAGGUGGAGCCCAAAUCUGCAGGGCAGCAACAGCCAGAGUCCCUGCCGAAGCCACUGGGGCCUGGACCAGACCUGGGCGAAGGGUCAGAUGUGAAGGCAGCACCAUUCCUGGCCCAGAGGUCGCAGCAGCUUUUGGAGCAGGAGCCCGAGCAAAGAUGGGCUUCAGGGCAGGGAGCAGAGACCCCAGGAAUGAAGGAGUCACGUUCAGGGAAGUGUGAUUCACCUCUGCCUCCCUCACAGUCAACUGAAGUGUCUCACAGGCGCCGCUGCCACACUGACUGCCUGGAGGCUCCACUCUCCCGGGCCUUUCGAGGGCUGGGCUGGGAGGUGGGCUCGCACCCCUGGAUCUUCCUGCUGGUGCCCAUACUUCUGACAGCUGUUCUGGGCACUGGCUUGACUUACAUCUCCACGGAUGCAGAAGAAAUCCUUGAGGAGCAGUACACCCCAAUCCGGAGCUUGGCCAAGGCUGAACGACGCUUUGUGCAGGAACAUUUCACCACUGAUGACUCGAAUCACUUCUCCGUCUUCAGGAAGAGCACCGAGGUCCACUUAGCUUCCAUUCUAGUGGUCUCCCACACUGACUCCCUGCUGGAACAAGAAAUUUUAUCAGAAGUGAGCAAAUUGGACAAAGCGGUGCAGGCUCUGAAUGUGACACAGGAUGAUGGAACCCAGAUCCUCUACAGUCAGGUGUGUGCUAAGAAUCAGGGCUUCUGUGUGCCCUCCAAUCCACUCCUGUUUGCCUGGCAGCUGAACAAGAACCUUAACCUGAGAAGUAUCACCUUCCCUAUUUACAACCAAAAUGGUAAGCCCAUCCCCUUGGCCGGCACCCUUGGUGGAACCACCUUAGGCAACCAGAUAGGACCAAACCAGUUACUCGUGGAGGCCAAAGCCAUGCGGCUGCAAUAUUACCUGACGACCAAAGAAGGAGAGGACAAUGCACAUAGCAAGACGUGGCUGGUUCAUUUCCUGAACCAAUUUAGCAAUAUGGAAGAGAGUUUGGCCUUGAAGAUGAUCCAGGUGGUCUACUUUACAUCACUUUCUAGACAACUGGAAUUUGAGGCAACUUCUAAGACAGUGAUCCCUUUGUUCUAUUUGGCAUACGUUCUAAUCAUAUUAUUUUCAAUCGUAUCAUGCUACAGGUGUGACUGUGUACGAAACAAAAUGUGCGUUGCAGUUUUUGGAGUGAUUUCUACUGCCUUCUCAGUGUUGAGCGGCUUUGGCCUGCUGUUGUUCAUUGGGGUGCCAUUUGUGACCAUAGUUAAAAAUUCACCAUUUCUUAUUCUAGGUGUUGGGGUCGAUGACAUGUUUAUCAUGAUUUCUGGCUGGCAGAAGACCAAACUCAUGGAUAGCAUAAAAGAGCGCAUGUCCCAUGUCUAUUCAAAAGUGGCAGUGUCCAUUACAAUCACCACUGUCACUAACGUCCUGGCCUUCUAUACAGGGAUUAUGACCUCUUUCAGGUCUGUACGAUACUUUUGCAUUUAUACAGGAACAACCCUAUUAUUUUGUUAUUUUUAUACUAUCACCGGUUUUGGAGCAUUUAUGGCCCUGGAUGGUAAAAGAGAAGUAGUCUGUCUACGUUGGUUAAAAAAACCAAAUAUACUUGACCACAAAUGUUCUUCAUUAAAAAGAUGCUGCUGUUUCCCAUUUGAUUCUCUCCAGGAAGAACACGAAGCUGAUAUUCAUCCAAUGAAUUUGUUCUUUAGAGACUAUUUUGGCCCUUUUCUCAUAAGCACUAAGUCCAAGUUGUUUGUAGUGCUUCUAUACAUUUUGUACCUUGUAAUUAGUAUAUAUGGGUGUUUCCAUGUGAAGGAAGGUUUAGACCUUCGAAAUUUGGCAAGUGAUGACUCCUACAUUACACCAUAUUUUGACGUAGAUGAAGAGUAUUUUCCAGAGUAUGGUCCCAAGGUUAUGGUUAUCGUUACUGAAACUCUUGACUACUGGGAUAAAUAUGCUAGGCAAAAAUUGGAAAAAUGCCUGGCAGAUUUUGAAGACAAUGACUAUGUACAUAAAAAUCUUACAGAGUUUUGGUUACGAGAAUAUGUGCAAUAUUUGGAAGCUAAAAGACAAGAUGUAAAUGAUAAGAAUACUUUUAUAAAUAGUAUUUCCAGUUUUAUUGUGGAUUUUCCACUUUUUAAGUUUGAUGUUAAUAUCUCAUCACCAGAUGAAAUCAGUUCUUCUCGGGCCUUCAUUCAGACCACGGGUAUUUCUUCUUCAGCCAAUAAGAAGAAAAUGUUACUCCAGUUAAGAAAUUUGGCCGAAAAGUGUGAAAUUCCCCUAAAGGUGUAUAACCAUGCAUUCAUAUAUUUUGAUCAAUAUACUGCAAUAACAGAAAACACUAUUAGAAAUGUCAUUGUUGCAUCAAUAGCUAUGCUUGUUGUUUCCUUAUUGUUAAUUCCUAAUCCAUUGUGUUCCUUGUGGGUAACUUUCGCUAUUACUUCUGUUAUUGUAGGAGUAACAGGUUUUAUGGCAUUCUGGAACGUCAAUCUUGAUUCCAUAUCCAUGAUUAAUCUUGUCAUUUGCAUAGGAUUUUCUUUUGAUUUUUCUGCACACAUUUCCUAUGCAUUUGUUUCCAGUUCUAAGCCCUCAGUAAACCAAAAAUCAAUUGAGGCAUUGUAUAUGCUAGGCUACCCUGUGUUACAAAGUGCAAUGUCAACAGUAAUAGGGGUGUGUGUUUUAUCUGCAGCUAAAGCAUACAUCUUCAGGACAUUUUUUAAGAUUAUGUUUCUCGUUAUGUUUUUUGGGGCUGUUCAUGGUCUAAUUUUUAUUCCCGUAUUCUUAACCUUUUUUUGA